AUGCUGGCACAGGGCUGCGCAACAGGGUGUAUUGGGAAGUUGCUGCGGAAGGAAGCCCAGGGCACCAUCCAGUUGCACUGCCUGGCGGCAGCUCAUCAUCGUGGGUGGCUGGUCCAAGAUGAUCGUGAGCUCAAGUGGGAGUUCAGCACCCGCGGGAAGCGUUGGCUGAAAGGAGAGGCAGUCCAAGCUCAACGGGGCGGCGCUCCUUUGGAGGUAGUGGAGGACCCAACUCUGCCGGCUCUUCAGGCGGACCCAGCCAACCCGCCAGCGGAGGUCGCAGAGACAACGAAGCCAUUGGAGCCAGCGGAGCCAGCCGCGCAGCCCCUUCAAGCAGAACGCUCUUCCUCGGCAUUACGCUCACACGCAGCGUCGUCCGCAGCGGCUGUUCCCAAGGUGGUGGAGAAGGAGGUCAUGACCCCGGAGAAGGCCGCUGCUGCCGCGGUUCCAGAAGAGAAGCCGAAGCUCAACUUCGGUGGCAAGACGGAGCGCGUGGCCACAUGCCGCCUUUGUGAAGAAGCUCGCACUUGGGCGCAAAAGGGGUCUUUUUGUGAGUACUGCACGGGUGCGUUCCGUCGUGCUACAGGCCACCAGCGCCUUCACAUACUCUUUGAAGACCAGCAUUUGGCAGAGUCCGUGCGACAGGAGAGUAAGACAAAGCGUGCUGAAGCUGAAAAUGCUUCGCCGCCUAAGAAAGGGCUGGAAAAGAAGCUCGAGGAGUUCCUGCGCCGCUUCGAAGAGGUGGUAGAGGAGCUUACGGCGAACUGCAGCGAUCUCCGCUUGAUCCUACAGCGGAAUGCUGCCCAGCACACAGCCUGUGGCCUGCUACUAGAGCAGCUGGGGAAGCUACGAGCAACGGUCCCCGCCAGCACAAACCUUGACGUCCCCGUCAUCACACUCACGCAGUUGGACUCUGCUGUCACCAAGGUACCCUUGCCGCAGGAGGCCCUCACCGCAGCCGGUUACACCCUGACCAAGCAUAGCGCAGCUGCUGCCGCGGAAGGCCCAAAAAGUCAACAGCGCAAGCGAGGCCGCCGCACAAAGGUGAACAGCGUUGAGAUGGUCAGCUUGGUCCGCCGUGUGCUUGCCCCACACUUGCAGGACACCGAGCGGGUAGGAGUCGUUGGCCGCGGUAGGAACAAGAAAAUGGUCGUCGCCCAGCACUUGCGGAAGAAGCGCUACCGAGUCUUCCUUGAGGAGCCAGAGCUUCACGAGUCCAUGUCGUGGUCCACCUUCCACUCCAUCAUGAAGCGACACUUCCCUCACGUGAAGAACCCCAUGAGGCAGACGGACAUUUGCGAGCACUGCAAGCAUUUGGAGCGUCACUUGCUCCCAGCAGCUCAGAGGGCCUUGGCCAAGCACAGGCUUGAGAUCGAAGAGUUCUCCCAGCAGUAUUUCCACCCCUUCGACAGCAGCCCUGCGACAAUUGAGAACAAGGAGAAGACUGACAAGUUCCCCUUGUUGGCCACUUCUUUGGCAUUCGUGCAGCAACAGAACUUCAACGCCGCCAACUCCAGAGAAAGGCAAGCGCUUGGGCUUGCCACCCGACUUGCUCUCCACAGUGCUGAAGCGUCUGCCAUCCACACCCUGAAGGGGCAUGUGGAGCUGUUGGAAGCUUACCGCUGGCACCAAACCUCUGCAAGGCGGCAAGAAGCAGCGUUGGAACAGCUUGCUUCAGGGGAGUCGCUGCCUGCUUCCGCUGUCCUCCUGCAGAUGGAUUUCAAGGCCGCCAACAUGUUGGUGAAUGAGGUGAAAGUUCUCAACGUGGAAGUCGAAGUGCUCUACCUGGCUGAGCAUCACGGAAAGGGAGCUUGCGAUAGGCUCUUCGCUUGGACUCGCAUGUGGGUGUCCCGGUUCAUCCAGAAGCACCCUAUUUACAACCUGCGGGAUCUCACGCAGUGCUACCGAGAAGGCGCGGCUUCGAGGAUAGCCGACGACCCGACCACGCCAGCCAUCCUUGUCUCAAACUUCGACCCUGGCCGCUUCCGACCAACGAAGCGGAGCUUUCUGUCCGCCGCCACGCUCAAAAUUUCACGAACCUACAGCCUGGUCCUUGGACCGUCAUGCCGCGCCUGGUGGUCGAGGGUCCUGCCCUGCCACGUGGAUGAGGUGGUGUCGGAGGAGAAGGUGGAGUGGCGGCGCGGAUACUACGACAAGCCGCGCUCCUGGGAGCAAGCAGGGCCGGAGCCAGGUGAUGUUAACCACGUCACCCGGCGCUUUGCUGCGCAAAAGACCUUCCUCCCAGCCAAGCAGCUCAGCAAGCACGCUGCCAAGAAGAAGCGGCAGCUGGCGCACCUCAAACGUCGACUUCGUCCUGCCGAGGCUGAAGGCUCGUCCUCUUCUGCAAGUAGCAGCAGCAGUAGCUCCUCAACCUCCUCGGAGAAAGCCUAA